CUCAAAUUGAAUCAACGCCUACAAGAUCCCAACGCGUCUUGAACUUCCUUUUUCUGGAAAAAGUGGCUUACGAGGACCUUCUCUGACAGUUAACCAACAGCAGAACUGACAAGUAGGGAAAAGUAAUACAACGUCCGAACACGCCACUAUGGCGGGGCAUGAUGACCAGGAUGCCCCGCGAGGCUCCAACGUCAUACUCAGUUGGUACGACAGAACCCGGCCGAUGUUCAUCGACCUGGUUGGCGAUUAUGCGGGCAAAGAGCUUUUUCUAGUUGAGGGCGACUCGCUGCUCAGAGUAUGCUUCGAAGACGAGCGAAUUGAUUUCGAAGAUGGAUUUCAAUUGCUUCAUGCAGUUUAUGUUGCCGAGCGAUUUCUGGAGAAUCUGGUCAAGCGCCACUGCCAGUUCCACAUCGCGUUUUUUGAAGAAAAUGCCGAGCUCUGCAUGCCUCCUGGAACGGCGGGUACUCGUAGAUCUCGAUACCUCUUGGCCCGGUCCAUCAUCAAACGCCAUUUGGCGGUCCACCUUCCGGAUGCGCACCCCAACUUGCAAGUCAACGUAUUUUCCUCAUUGAAGUGUUCCGAGUUCCAGGAGUAUCUCCGUUUGUGCCCCAUCCAUUUCGUGAUGGCUCAUGAUGGAUCACCUAAGUCGAUUACAUCAGCCCCUGCUGUUAAUCAUCUCGAUGCCGAUAUCAUGCCAGCGGAUGACGACGAGAAAUGGACCAAAAUUCUUUUGCGUGGAAUGAUUCGAAGCUUCAACGUCCACCGGUUUAACGUAGCUUUGAUCAAUCGAAUCGAAUUCCGAGACUCGAAAGCUUUCACGAUGAUUGUUGAAAGCUUUAUUCCGCGCAGACAGACAAAACUUACCGUGGAUAUCGAAUUCGCCGAUGCGAUCAAGGAAGCUAAAGAGCUAUUAGAGAAAUCUUGGGAGACAUCAGAUAUUGAGGCAUCGUUCGAGGACCAAGAUCUGGAAAAAGUAUCUGAAGCCUUUUCCGAAGAAGACUUGAAUGAGAGUUACUGCUUGGUGACAUACGCAGUGUCAAAGAUUCUGAAACAGCAAGAAUGUGACGCCUUCUUGGCCUCCGCAUUUGUAUUGCACAGCGUCAUUAUCAAGCAUAUCCCUCUCUCUCAGCGCAGACUACCUCUGAUUACAUUCGACGAAGAGUUCGAGGAGCAGAUCGAAUCAUUUUUGGAGGCGAUCUCGGAAGUGUGUCGAAAUGCGGUAGAAGACAAGAGAUGGAAUGAGCUCAUGUCGAAUGAAGAGUUUGAUUGCGACUCUAUUGACCUUAUUGAUGGUCGGCUAUUCCGAGCCGUUAUGCAGGCCAUGUGCGACAAUUCGCUCCAUGGUGUGGUUCCUCGAGCGGCUCAACCCGACUGGGCCCUUCUCUCUGGUCUCGUCGCGGAGCUCGGGGAUGAAACCCUCAGUCUUGCCGGAAGCAUAGAACCAGCAUUUUCAAAGUCUACGGCAGACAAGGCUGACUUUGAGGGUGAGGUAGAGGAGCUUACAGUCCUGCCCUUCACAAACUCAGUUUUUGACAAGCACUUAGAAUGCAUUCAUGUCAAGACUAAUGCAUCACUUGCUGUUCGUUUUGGUGCAAUGAAGAUCUAUAGGGAGACCACACAUUGGCACAACCAUAGGAAACCUCUCAACCCGAAAUAUGCCCCGGCGGCAAAGGUUUCCAAAUGGAGAAACCCCCUCCGCACAAAUCAAUUCUACAUGAAGGAGAUGACGACAUAUGCAGCCAGUUUGACUGGCGCAAAAGGAAAAGCCCUAGAACCUGAGACCCUCACUGUUGGAUCAAAGCGCCUUGUUAAAUUAGUGGAGGAAAAACCAGAGAAGGCAGCCGCCAAGUCGAGGAAGGACGAAGCUCAAGACACUCCGACGCAAAAUAAAUCCGGCGGAGGAAAGAAGGGAACGAAGAAGGCUGCAGCGGGGCUUUCAAAGAAGGAGCAAAUGAUCGCAGAUAACAAGGAGAGGAAAGGAUCUUCCGAGUCAGAUAAGGCGUUCACUGCCUGGAGUACAAUCAUGAAGGGUCUUGAUGUCAUUUCGGAUGACCAGGACAGAUACCUGAGGACAGUCGACUAUUUUAAUGCCUUGGACUCGGCGAAAACGGCAUUCCUCGAGGCUGACAUCCAUACUUACAUGAUCCAAUCUCUCUUGAAUUGGUGGGCUAUGUACUGCAAAGUCAACAAGAAAGCUGAAGGAUACUUUGUUGUGGCUCUAAUCUGGACCACGUUCAGAGCAAUCUGCACCUCGACCUCGCCAAUCUCAAAAGAAAACAUACAGCACGUCACAAAAUUGUGUACGCUUUUGGGCAUCACGAAUGCAUUAACGUCUUUCGAUUCGACCCCCAUCGACCGGAAGCUGUCAUUUGUCUUCAAAUAUCCACCCUCGGCGCAGGACCUUCGAAUUGAUAUUUCACAGACGGAGCUUCAGCUGAAUUACUGUGGCCCAUAUAUGGACCGAAUGCUAGAUGCUAAACCUGAUCCACGAGUGUCAAGUUUUGUCCCUGACGGAUGGCAACGCGAUGUUCUCGACCAAUUGGAUGCUAACAAGAGUGUGUUCGUCGUCGCUCCUACUUCCGCAGGAAAGACCUUCAUAUCUUUCUACGCCAUGGAACAAGUGUUAAGAGCUGACAACGAUGGGGUUUUGGUUUAUGUUGCGCCGACGAAGGCACUGGUCAACCAAAUUGCUGCCGAAAUCCAGGGUCGCUUUUCGAAGAAAUUUCCGGUUCCCGGCAAAGGCGUCUGGGCCAUACACACCAGAGAUUACCGUGUCAACAACUCUACGGGUUGCCAGAUUCUUGUAACAGUUCCACAUAUUCUUCAAAUCAUGCUUCUAUCCCCCAGCAAUGCGAAGUCUUGGGCACCGAGAGUACGACGAAUCAUCUUUGACGAAAUCCAUUCCAUUGGAAAUUCUGAGGAUGGUGUUGUAUGGGAGCAGCUUCUCCUACUUGCUCCAUGUCCAAUCGUUGCCCUGUCUGCAACCGUCGGCAACCCGGAGCAGUUCAACGACUGGCUUAAGGAUACGCAAAAGGCUCUGGGAUCUGACUUGAAGAUGAUCCAACACUCAACCCGUUACAGCGAUCUCCGAAAAUACAUGUAUGAGCCUCCCAAGGUGUUCCAAUUCUCUGGGCUUGGCAAGUCAUAUGGUGUAGGUCUUGGACUUGAUGGGUUGCUCGGCUUUGAUGCAUUCCAUCCUGCGUCAAGUCUCGUUGACAAAUCUCGGGGGAUGCCAGAUGACUUAGCUCUCGAGCCUCGAGACUGCCUCUCGCUUUGGAAGGCCAUGUGCAAAUUCCAGAAUUCUGAAUAUCAGGUUCCGGAAUCGUUGAAUCCUGAGAAGGCGCUCCCAGCUUGCAUUCGGAAGGCCGAUAUAUUCAAGUGGGAGAAAGCCCUCAAGAAGUUGCUUUUGCAAUGGUUGGCAGACAAAAAUUCCCCGAUCGAUAAAGUUGUCAAGGAAUUGACACCUACGACAAGCACACUGAAGCUUUUGACCUCAGACAAGGCACUAUCUAGCAAUUCUUCGGCAAGCGAUGGCGAGUACAUUGACCCGUACGACUUGAAAUCCACAACUUUGCCCUUGUUGUAUCAACUCCAUAAGCGCCGAGCCCUGCCAGCGAUUCUCUUCAAUUAUGACAGAAGCCAGUGCGAAAGAAUUGCGGAGUCCGUGCUAAAACAACUCGUCGCGGCCGAGACUCUGUGGAAGGAGGGUCCACAGUGGAAGAAGUUGAUGGAAGGGUACGAAAAGUACAAAGAACAGAAAGACAAGAAGUCUAGGAAACCUACAAAGCCUGCGAAGAAGACGAAAGGCGAAGAUGAUGAGGGAGGCUCCAAGGUUGACCGGAUGCGCGAAGAAUCAUCCGACGGGGCCUCUGCGUUUGAUCUUUUCGACCCGGAGGCGCCUCAAGAAGAUUUCAGCUUCGCCAAUCCAAAAGCGCUCCAGAAAGCUGAAUUGGAUGAAUACAUUCGUGCCCUCCGAUGGAAGAACGUGAAAGAGGACUUACUUGACUUGUUACGGAGAGGAAUCGGUGUGCAUCACGCUGGUAUGAAUCGAAAAUAUCGACAAUGUGUGGAAAUGCUGUUCCGGAGAGGAUUCUUAAGAGUUGUCAUCGCAACCGGAACUCUCAGUCUUGGUAUCAAUAUGCCGUGCGCUACUGUUGUCUUCUGUGGCAACUCGGUGUACCUGACAGCACUGAAUUUCCGCCAGGCUGCCGGUCGAUCCGGGCGUCGUGGUUUUGACCUUCUUGGUAACGUGGUCUUCCAAGGCAUCUCAAGAGAGCGUGCCAGCCGUCUCUUAAGUUCCAGACUCCCGGAGCUAACAGGACAUUUCCCAAUCACCACAACCUUGGUCCUGCGACUCUUCACCUUGCUGCACGACUCAAAGAGCUCUCCGUAUGCGGUCCGGGCUGUCAACUCGCUGCUUUCUCAGCCCAGGCUUUAUCUGGGUGGACAGAGCUUCAAAGAACAAGUCUUGCAUCAUCUUCGAUUUUCAAUUGAGUAUCUUCGCAGAAAUGAGCUGCUUGGUCCCGCUGGAGAGCCGGUGAACUUCACCAGUUGUGUCUCGCAUUUGUAUUACACGGAAAACUCUAGUUUCGCUUUCCAUGCACUCCUCAAAGGAGGAUAUUUCCACAAGCUUUGCGCUGAUAUCGAUACCAAGACAAGCAUCGUCCUUGACAAGUUGAUCUUGGUUCUCUGUCAUCUGUUUGGACGCCGAGUAUGCCGCGAAGUUGAUAAUCCGGAAGAAGCCGAAAUGAUCAAACGUUCUCCUUCGGUCGUCUACCUCAAGCCGAUGCCCGAAGAUGCUGCCAAAAUCCUUCGAAAGCAUAAUGCAGACACUCUCGACGUUUUCACCACCUAUGUCAAGACUUUUGCUGCUCAGCACCUCAAGGAAGAAGAACGUUACCUUCCUCUGACGCACAUCCCGGUCGGAUUCGUCCCACCUUCUGCGAAUGGGAAGGCCAACGGUCACGCCGUACCAAAUGGAGGUGCUCAUCCUGCGAAGCCUGCCAAGGAUAACGAAAAUUUCGAGUUUCUUCCAAGUCUACCUGUCCCACAUGCUAGAUCAACUUUCGUUGCUUUGUCAGGCUUGGGUGAUGAGUUUACGACGAUCGAUGACCUUUGUUCUUCCACUCGCGAGGGCGUAUUUCUCGAAUCGGCCGUCAUACCGCAUCUGGAGCUCCAUCCAGACGAGUGCAGAACCCCACUCAAUGCUUACAUAUUGGAUUUCUACAUGCAUGGAUCCCUUGAUCCAUUGGAAAAGGCUAAUGGUAUUCGCAAGGCAGAUGUAUGGUUUCUAUUGAACGACUUUUCCAUGGUCCUCGCUACCAUCGUGACCUCAAUCGCUCUCCACCUUGGUCUUGGAAACGAUACAGAUCCCGAGAUGCUCGAUGUAAUGGGCGCUGGUGACGCAGCUGAGAACGAAGCCGACGAAAAGGUUGCCGCCACAAUCAUACCCGAUGCUCUUGCAACCUCAGCCGCUACUGCUCAGGUUGCAACCCCGAUCCGAAAGAGCAAGAAAGUCGUCGAUGAUUGGGAUGCAGGCGAAGAUGCCCUGGUUGCUCAAGAGGAUUAUUUGAAGAGCGAGGGCUUGAAUGGAACAGGUGCGACUGACGAUGAGGAGUAUGAUAAGUUGAUGAAUGUCUAUAAGGCAUUCAGGCAGCUGAAAAGUGCAUUUGAUGAGAAGUUCCACGCUAUUUUCGCUUAGACUGGAUCUGGAUAUGGCGGUGUUGGAUGGAGGUUAAUAGACAUCAGGUGCUUUUGAUUGAGUCUGUUUCUUGGGCACUGUUUGGAAUAGAGCUAAAAUAGCAUAGACUGGUAGACGAAUUGAUGAUUGUUACUAUAUCAGCCCUGGGAGAAAGCCCACCCGUCGCAAAGAUGAGUUCACGAGUAUUUAGUAUUGUUUUCAAUCUUGCGAUAAUCAAUUGAAGUACAGUGACCAUCCUCUGCACAGUUAACCCAAUUCCAGAAAACAUCAAGAAAAUGAAACUGCGUUUAACGUCCAGAAACAGAACACCAGAGUAAAUACAGGAACUCCAUUCUC